UGCCCGGGACCGUCCUGCGGCCGCCUCGCCGCUGCCAAAGCGCUGCCCCCAGCGCGCUGCCUCCUUCUGCCACGGGAGCAGCCCUGCCGCUGCCCGCACAGGCAGCCGGGUCCCCGGGUCUCCCUGCAGAGCUGACUUCUCCACAAGUCCUGGGAACAGUCCUAGGGGCCCCCUCUCCCUCCAGGGAGAAACGCCUGCCACCUUCGCGGGGGACCUGCUGCGAAGCUGGGAGGGCUCGCACUAGCUCCAGGGCAGGGGGAACCCAUAAAUGCGCUGCCCCUUCCCGCGCUUCAGCUCUGGGUUUCUAAGGUCUCAUCUCAGGGCUCGGAGGCCUUGCCCAUGGUUUGCAGCUGCCCACCCGCGCUUGCUGGCUGCUCCUCCUUGUCUCCAGCUCUGAAUGCUUGCAAGGGACGGAAAACAUGGAGAAAGCAUUUUAUACACACCUGCCAUGGUGGUUGCGCUCAUAACGUCAGUGCAGAGUCGGUAUAAAAAGGCAAGAGCAAGAGGCAAUGGGUGGGAGUCAGCUAGCCCUACAGAUGUCCAGUCCAGCCAGGGACAUGGUCCCACCCAUCUGCAUCUGGAGGUAGCCCCGGGCUCCCCACCUUCGCCAAGAGAUGUGUCCCCGUGAUCAGGCGGUCGGCGUUGGUGGCCUCAAAGCCCUUGCGUGUCUCUCCUCGGAGAGCGAGGUUACCUCCAUAGCCAGCAAGAGUACGGAAGAAAAUUCUCUGGGAGCUGAGUGCAAGGCCCAGGUUCCGGCUGUCCGUCGUGUUUGCGGGUGGCAGAACAGUUCCAGCACACUCGUCCUCUUGCCGUGGCACCCAGCGCGGCAGCAUAAAGCUAGGGGCAGAUGGACAGGGUGCGGCGGGAUGAGCCCUGCCCUGCCCCUGCUUCUGUCCUUGGCCAGUUGCACCCUACUCCUGGGCAUGCCGUUGCCUCCGCAGGACGUGAGGCUGGAGGCACAAAACUUCCACGUCCGCUUGCAAUGGGAGCCAGAUCCUGGCUCGCCCAGCGGUGCUGUGUACCAGGUGGAGUGGAGGAGACGAACCUCCCACUGGACCAAGGCAGAUGCCUGCUGGGGGAACAGCACCGGCUCCUCCUGGGCGUGUGAGCUGUAUUUUGACAAGAUCCACGAUAUCUACUGGGCGAGGGUGAGAGCGGUGGCCGGAGGCAAGCUGUCCAAGUGGGCCUAUUCCAGCGAGCUGCAGCCAUACAGAGACACAAUUGUGGGUCCUCCCAAGUUGUCCUGGGUGUUCCAGGGUCACAAUCUCAGCGUUAACAUCAUCAUGCCGCUCACUCCCUACCAAAGCAAAACUGGUUCUUACAAGCCAGUUGACCAAGUGCUGCUGAAGCUGUGGUAUUGGCUGAGCCUGUACGAAGGGGACGUGCUCAUCCAGCAAGUGCCCUGCAAACAGAGCGGGAAGGACGCACCAUGCACCUUCAGGUACCUGAAGCCCAGCAUGCGGUACUGUGUCCGGACGGUGGCCGCAGGCAUGGCCAAGGAGCAGAGCCGGGAGGCCGAGCAGUGCGUGGUGACACCAGCAGGUCCCGCAGGCUUUCCCUGGGUCAUCCUUGCUGUGCUGAGCGGUGUCUUCCUGCUGCUGAGCGUGGCCGGGUUCUGCUUCGUCCAGCUGCACGUCUUCCCCAGCCCCUCGGAGAUGCAGCUCCCAAAAACACUUCAGACUCUCCUGAACAGGGAGCCGAGCGUGACCGUCAGGGUGCCCGCCCUUGAACUCAAGGGGGACUCGCUCGCCCUGCUCUUGCCGACCAUGCUCCCCUCCCACGGGCCCCCUGCGGCUGAGCAGACAAUUCCUGCAGUCCAUCUGCUCCUCGGAGAAAGCCUCUCCCAGGACACAAGUGGCUACUGCGCCAAUGGGUUUGGGCCGGACUGCCAUCAGGGAAGGGACCCAUCCUGUACCCACAGCCAGCUGGGGCAUGCCUUGGGCUCCCGCGUCUCAUCGCAGCUGGAGGGGGAUGAGGGGGCGCGUGAUGGUGAGGAUGUGCUGGAGCCGCCAGUGCUGGUGGGACUGACCAGAGACAGCUACACAGGUGACCGGGACUAUCGGACAUCUGAGACAUGGCUCUCCCUGCACCUCCAGCUUUAUUCUGAAUGCCGGUGCCCAGCCCUGGGAGCAGGCAACUGUCUUCCUCUGCCCGCGCUGGGCAGGAGCUUCAGCCAGGAGAACCUGCAGGAGAGCCUUGGCACGGCAGGGCGCUGGGUACCACUCAGCUCUGUGAAGCUGCCAGCCAGCAAGGAGGAGGAUGGAGGGCAGCUCAUCCGUGCUCUUCAGCCCCUGCAUGCCCGUGGGACUGAGCUGCAGCCAGGUGACAGCACUGCGCAGCGCAGCAGCUCGGAGCAGGCAGCACCAGGCGUUCCCCUCGCCAGCCCCCGCCAGCUGCCCCAGUCGCCCCCCAGCAUCCUGCGGGCAGCCGCCUUCUCCGGCUACGAGCUGCGUCCCCCAGCUGACGGUGAGCCGGAGCAGGCAGGCGAGGGCACGCUGCGGGCUCCCAGCACCCACAUCACAGCAUCAAGCAGAGCUGGAGGUGCUGCCCGGAGCUGCCCCGGCCACGAUGGCUGCCUGCUCGGACCUGCCUGUGCCUUGCUGGGGACAGGGCCGGGGCAGGCUCCGGUGCAGGCAGAUGGGUGAGAUCAGUAUCUUCAGAGCUUCCGUCUGUGGUUUUGGUGCUCUUGAACCAAAGCGUAAGGAAUACAAACCAAAGUUGGAGCCUGCAAGCUUUUUUCUAUUUAUCCAUCUAUUAUGUGUGUAUAUGUGUGUGUACAGGAUAUGUACUAAUGCAAAUUUAUGUAUAUACUAGUAUAUAUAUAAAAGCCUCUUUAAUGAAAGAGGAGAUUUUUUUUUUU